AUGGAUCCGGACGCCGAGGUUGACUUCGACUUCUCGCCGUUCCUCAUCCGCUACAAGAGCGGCCGGGUGCGCCGCCUCAUGGGCACGUCCAGGGUCGACGCCGACGCGGACGCCGCCUCGGGCCGGGCGUCACCUCCCGGGACCGUCGCGGUCCACUCGGCCUUCUCCGGCGCGCAGUCCCGCUUCCUGAACGCGCUCGUGGUGGCCGUGUCCGUGGACUACCGCCUCGCGCCCGAGCACCCGGUGCCCGCCACCUACGACGACGCCUGGACCGCGCUCGGCUGGGCCGUGGCGAGCUGCGGCGCGCGGCCCGUCCGGCUCCCGACCGGACACGGCGGACGCGGAGCCGUGGCUGGCUGGGCGGAGCACGGCGACGCCGCGCGUCUCUUCGUCGCGGGCGACAGCGCCGGCGCCAACAUCGCGCACAACGUGACUCUCAGGGACGGCGGCGGGUUGCCCGGCGGAGCGCGGAUCGAGGAGAUGGUGCAUUGGUGCUCCUGCACCCGUACUUCCACGGCGGGGAGCUCUUGCCGUCGGAGGGCACGGACCCAAAGUUCCUGGCGAGAGGGUGCAGCGAGCAUGGAGCUUCGUGAGUGA